UAAAACUGAAGUUGGUUUUACAUUCGCUUGUUUGGCUGUUUUUGCCAAUAUAUUUUGCAAAUUAGUUUUUCACAUGAAGACACAUAUGAGCACAACUGCCAAAUAAUUUUAAAUAAUCUUCACAAUAUCAAUAUUUCGCAAAGGCCGACUUCGAUUUAGUAUCUACUGAAAAUUUGGGGAGUGUUGUCUGCAAAGGAUUUAGAGAAAAACAUAGGCUCGUCGAAAAGCGUGGCUUAAACACAAAUGGCACCUCCGUCGAGGCAACAUCAGAAUUCUAGAGGUGGCGGUGGCGGUUCCGGUGGGGGAGGAGGUGGAAGCAGGUUCUCUCAAGGUGGCGGCGGUGGCGGGGGCUUUAAUGGAAGAAACAAUAAUUUACGUUCGGGACGUAUAGAACGCCGAGGUCGCAAUGGGCCACCGGGCGGUGGAAGAGGUGGUCUUCCACCUCUGGGAGGAGGACGUGAUCGUUUUGGUGGAAGUGGUGGUGGUAGUAAAAACGACAAUGAUUUUUCCAGUUUACACGAUGUUAACUGGUCCCAAUUCAAUCUGCCUCCAUUCCAACGGGAUUUCUAUAAAGAACAUCCCACAACCAGUGCACGAUCGACACAAGAAGUUCAGCGUUACCGCAGCGAAAAUGAGAUAACCGUGCGUGGUCCAGCCCCCAAUCCCAUCAUAUAUUUCGAUGAGGCUUGUUUCCCGGAUUAUUGUAUGAACGAAAUAAAGCGCCAGUGUUAUAAUCAACCUACACCCAUACAGGCGCAAUCAUGGCCAAUUGUUAUGAGCGGCAACAAUUUGGUGGGCAUAGCCAUGACAGGAUCCGGAAAGACUUUGGCCUUUAUACUUCCCGCCAUUGUACACAUCAACAAUCAACCCCCCUUGCAACGAGGUGAUGGACCCAUUGCCCUGGUUCUAGCACCGACACGUGAAUUAGCUCAACAAAUACAAACGGUAGCCAAUGAUUUUGGUUCCGUUACGCAUGUCAGAAACACCUGCGUCUAUGGUGGUUCCUCCAAGAACCGACAAAUGCAAGAUUUGCAAUGUGGCGUUGAAUUGGUCAUCGCCACACCUGGUAGACUUUUAGACUUCUUAUCGAGUGGUGUAACAAAUAUGCAAAGGUGCACUUAUUUAGUUUUGGAUGAGGCUGAUCGUAUGUUGGACAUGGGCUUUGAACCACAAAUACGCAAAAUAAUGGGUCAGAUUAGACCCGAUCGUCAGAUUCUUAUGUGGAGCGCCACUUGGCCGAAGGAAGUAAGACAGUUGGCUGAAGACUUUUUGGGAAAUAAUUAUCUGCAGAUUAAUAUUGGCUCCUUGGAAUUGGCGGCAAAUCAUAACAUACGUCAAUUCGUGGAUGUAUGCAUGGAAUCGGAAAAAGGCAACAGACUUAAGGGAUUGCUCUCACAGAUCUACGAUCAGCCACAACCGGGAAAAAUUAUUAUUUUUGUUGCCACCAAAAAGAAAGUUGAUGAAUUGUCACGAUUCAUCAAUGGAUUUGGGGUGCGUGUGGGCUCCAUUCAUGGCGAUAAAUCACAAACUGAUCGUGAUAAUGUCUUGGCCGACUUUCGCAUUGGCCGCACCAAUAUCUUGGUGGCAACAGAUGUUGCCGCACGUGGUCUAGAUGUUGAUGGCAUUAAGUAUGUCAUUAAUUUUGAUUUCCCCCAGUCUUCGGAAGAUUAUAUACAUCGUAUUGGACGUACUGGCCGUAAACAUUCCACUGGUACCUCAUAUGCUUUUUUCACGCGCAAAAAUGUCAAGUGUGCUAAAGCAUUAAUAGAGGUAUUGCGUGAAGCCAAUCAAAAUAUUAAUCCCGACUUGCAGUACAUGGCCAAUAAUGCCGAUAAUAUUAUAAACAAAGACAAGAUGAUGAAGAAAGGCCGAGGUGGUGGAGGAGGAGGUGGUGGCAAUCGAGGCUUCGGCGGUGGUGGAAUGGGCAAUCGUGGCGGUGGUGGCUCAGGCAUGGGAAAUCGAGGCAACGCUGGAGCAGGAGGCGGAGGAAUGGGUAGUCGUGGCGGCAAUGGCGGCGGUGGAGGAGGAGGAAUGAGUAACCGAGGCGGCAAUGGCGGCGGUGGAAUGGGUGGUGGAGGUAAUCGUAACAAUUUCAGUAAUAACCAAAACAAUAGCCACAAUAAUAACUUUGGCAACAACAAUGGCGGUGGUCGUGGUGGAUCUCGUGGAAAUUUCUCCAAUUCCCGCCAAUAAUUGUAGCAGUUAAAUAUCCACAUUCGCAAAUUUCUCAACUAGAUUUUAGUCGUUCUACUCAAUGUAUUCGAAACUAAUUAUUUUCCCCUUUUGAUUUAAAAAGGCUUCCUUAACAUUUUAUAUAAAUUUACAAUUAUAAAUCAUGAGACGCAUCUAAUUUCUCGUAUAUUCGUCUUUAUUGAAUACAAAAUAAAUAUUCAAUAUAAUUUA